UUUAAUGGUUGUUAUAUGGUAAAAGAUGCAUUUAAGUUAAAACUACAUCAAAUUGCUUGUGCUAAAACUGAAGAAAUUUGCCAAAAUGCUGUUAAUUCAUUAAAAGAAUCAGAAGAGUGGAAAAAUAACCCAAAACUAGCUGAUUACUUAAAAAGCACUUGGUUAUGUAAUCAAAAGAGAUGGGUGUUUGCCUACAGGCGACAACGCUUAUUGCGGAGUAUCAAUACUAAUAAUGGCACUGAAAGACAAAACCAAUCUUUUAAAUAUAGUUUUUUGGAAAAACGGAAAACAUCAUCUCUCACAGCUAUGCUUUGUAUUUGUAUUGAGGAAUUCCUUCCUCACAAUUACGACAACUAUGCAGAUAAAAAUAGAAGGACACAUUCAUCCUAUAGAAAAUAUAAAGAAAACAUUCCGACCUAUUUGACAAAUCGUCCAAAACCUUUAGUAAAACAUUGCAUGAAUAUGAUAGAUAAAGUAAAUGGUGUGGACUCAAUCAGAAUUAGUGCAGUAACAAACAGAUUGUACAAUGUAGCCUCAUUUCAGUCUAAUAGCAGAGAAACUUACCAAUGCUAUCUUGGUGAUGCUGAUCAUUUGCCAAGUUGUACUUGCUCUUCUUGGCUAUUUAGUUCUUAUCCAUGCAAACAUUUUUUUUCCAUUUUUCUCAAGUUUAAUCUUUCCUGGUCUGUUUUUGAUCCAUCUUAUGGAAGUUCACCAUAUUUUAUCAUUGAUCCCUUAUCAGAUGAAAAUAAUCAUUCAACAACGUUUCAUUUUACACGUUUGCCUACUGAAGAUAUAUCUGAAAAUAUCAAUGAGAAGCCUCUUGAUGAUGCCAAACCUUGGGAAGUGUCUAAAUAUAAUCUUCAGGCAGUCAAAAGUGUUCAUUCCAUAAAUAGUAAAAUCUUGUACUUUGAUCAAAGUAAAGAACAUGGUCAAUCACAAGUAAGUCACACUCCUGCUGCAUGUCGCGAACUUUUAAAUGCAAUAAUAAACAUGACAAAUUUGAGUGACUCUCAACCAGCAAUAAACAAUUUGUUUCAAGAACUUCAUAAACUUAAAACAAGUUUUGGAGAAACUCUUAAAAGAGAGCAAGGUGUUAUUUUGUGUCCAGACCUAAAACCUGAAACUUGGAUUAAAUCUAAUUUACCAAGUCUUGUUAAUCUUCCCGUAAGACGCAAAAGGAAGUUGACCAAUAGAGUUGGUAUAAAACACGACAUCACUAAGGCAGCUUUAAAUAUCAAUUUGACACCAAAUGUAAAUAAUGAAUGUUGUAGUUCAGAGAUUUUUAUUGAUGUUAUUGAUGAUAAUUGUGAAACAUUUACAGUUUCCAUGGAACCAAUUGAAGUGACAGGAGAAGCAUUUGAUAAUUGCCAAGAAUUCCACAAAGUCAACAUAGUUAAUGAUAAUGACAAACUUCAAAGCACUGUGCACUGAAUUC